GAAAGAGGCGUGUCCACGCACCAGUAUAAAGUCCAAGCAGAGCCACUCGUGUGGAGCCAUUCUCCAGAGCGAAUCCUUCAGUGUGUGUGAGCAACGAGCAGCUGUUACUCUACCACCGGCGCCGACAACCCUUCUGCAUUUGGGCGCUUGUCCAGCAGCUCUUUGGGUGUUCUGGCAGCGGGCGGCCGAGCCUCUGGACUCAGACUGGGAGGACUGGACUCACCUGAACACCACCCACUCCCGCUGGAUAUCCACAGACCAGCGGAUCCAGAGCAGGCUCCGGUUUCCGCCGCGCCGUGAAACCGAAUCGGAGCGACGGCGAGGCGUCACAGCGGAGGCUUUGUGCGCCUGCGAUCCAAACACCAGCAGCAGAACAUACCACAGCGCGUCCCGGACGGAGCGUCCCCGUCUGGACCCGGGCGACAAGCAGCUGCACCUCGCUCGGAGGCGGGAGGACCGGGUGCGGGUGGCGUGAUGGCGCGCGGCGGCGGCGGCGGCGGCCCGUGGCUGCUGGGCUCCCUGCUGCUGGCGGCGCUGUGCCUGUCGGACCAGGCCAUCCGCUGCCCCGUGUGCUCCGAGGAGCGCCUGGCCACCUGCCGCCUGCCCGAGGGCUGCCAGGAGACGGUGCGCGAGCCCGGCUGCGGCUGCUGCCCCACCUGCGCCUUGCCCAAGGGCGCCCACUGCGGCGUGUACUCGCCCCGCUGCGGCGCGGGCCUGCGAUGCUACCCGCCGCGCGGCGUGGAGCGCCCGCUGCACUCGCUGAUGCACGGCCAGGGGGUGUGCACCGACGAGAGGGAGGCGGAGGACAACUCAGCAUUAGACCGGAACGAUGAGCUCAUCCCCGAGCACCCAAACAACAGCAAUAUCCGAUGCAGCCCGCAAGACAAGCGGUGCAUACAGAAGACCCUGGCCCGACAUCCUCCCAAAUCCACCAACCAGAGAAGCAACGCGGCCAGGGAAGAGUCCAAGGCCGUGCUGGCUCCGUGUCGCGCUGAGCUGCAGAGAGCGUUGGACAGACUGGCGUCAAACACGCGCACGCACGACGACCUCUUCACGAUCCCGAUCCCCAACUGCGACAAGAACGGAGACUUCCACGCCAAGCAGUGUCAUCCUGCCCGCGACGGCCUGCGAGGGAAGUGCUGGUGCGUGGAUCCAAAGACGGGCAUGAGGCUGCCGGGGCCUCUGGAGCUGCGAGGGGAUCUGGACUGCCACCAGCUAAUGACUGCCACCCUGAGGGACUGAGGGCGGGCGCCGGACCAGCUGAAUUCUACUGGUGCUUACUAUAGAAUGCCAUGAGAAAAGGACUUGGGUAUAAAGCCUCACUUCACCUGAAGCCAGUGGUACUCGCACGACGAGAGGGAAACCAUUGAAACAUGCUCUUUUAGUAUUAUGUCCCUGUGUCUGAGCAUGUGUGAUCUCUAAGUGUUUUGGGCACUUGUUCUGUGUUGUUGUGUCUGUUGUGAACAGAUCGAUCUUUAGACGUUACAGUAACAUGAGGCAAAAAAAAAAACAACCUUUUACACUUGCUGCUGUGAUUCUUGUAGGGAAGCAGAACGGGUUGCUUUCCUCACUCUAAUUGAAGAAUGUGAUCCAAAUAAACUCCCAGAUAGUCAGACCUGAUUCAAGACAACCCAGAAAGCUUCUCAAAUAAUGAAUGACAGUAGUUUUUCACAAGGUAUGUACAGUAUAAUCCAGUGAAAUGUGUGGCGUAUUCCAGUGUCCUAUAUGUAGUAAACUCCACCCGUAAGUACAAUAGGUUAAAACAAACACGAGGCAGCGGCAAUGAAAUGAGUACUGUUGGACAGAUGCAAAUAAAAAGUGAAUGACUAAGGAGCACAACCCUGUGGCUGGAGCUGCCAAAUGAUAACAACAUGACACGACACGACACCAAAGUGAAGUCAGUGGGGUUUAAAGGCUUUCAGGCUCUCCCUGAGGUUGAGUGGUCCAAACGGACCGGCAGCGUGACUGGGCUAGAACCUCUGCACCCUGCUGAUAGGAUAAUCUCACUUCACCAGCUGCUACUAAGAUGCUAGUGUGACUCUCGACGUCAAGAAUCUCCCUGCAGACUGCUCGGCAGGUUUUUGGUGGUGCUAUACAACGACUGUGCCAAAAUACAAAACCAAAACGGCUCCUGCACUUUGUCGGCCCGGUUUAGGAUUGCAACGGAAGCGUAGGGUUUUCAGGAGGGGGUUGAAGCAGCAGACACAAGCGUGCGCGACCAUCCACACUAGCUGUUCCCAUGAGUGCGUCAACGUCUCAGUAGCUUCCACGCUGUGCCUGCAGUUAAAAGGCCAAGUGUUUCAAAUCUACUGGUAUGAUGUGUUUCAAAUUGGAUGAACCUGCAGCUUCUGGCCAACACGAGGCUAUAAAUGUAGGCCACUAGAAAUAACACAAGUGCUUGGUUAGUCAGACAAGGUCAGGUAUCGGUUUUAAGACCUGUAGAUGUAUGUUAGCAGCGCACACAGAUACUCCUCUGAUAUUAUAUACACUUAAGGCAAAGCCUAAUAUUGUCUUAGUGCAGUUGUAGUUCAAGGUAGAGGAGCAGGUUAAAGCUAAUGUUGGUCAUCAUUGGACCUAGAAGCCUCUAUUCCACAGGGUUUAUGAGUUAUCUGUGUUGUCGUCACUCUCGUACGUGAGUAGCGAUAAGGGACAAGUUUAAAGUCCACAGAGAGAGAGAGUCACGUCACACAGUGUAAGAACAAACUAAUCACAGCAGAUUUAGACUCUUUUUGCAUUCUUUGUCUUUACAUCAACAUCAGUUAAGCUUUAAAAAAGGGGGUUGAAUCACUUAGGAAGGGAAAAUAUAUCCAUACUCGCGCCUAUUAUUCUUGACUUAAACAGCAACUGUUGUAGAUCAGCGUGUUUGUGAUAAGGCUUUCGGUAAACACAAGUAAACGGUGCCUUUACAUUUAAACUCCCAUUAGAUUAGUUCAACUGUCAUUACGAAUAAUCAAUUAACAUCGCAAAGACCGACUUGUUACAAAAGAAGGAAUGCGACCAGAUAAAGGGCACACAAAUACAAAGACGUGCUCUGUGGCAAAUAGUUGAUACAGCUUAAAAACUUCAAGAACCAAAUAUCUUAAAAAUGCUCCAAAGGCUACAAGUUAUCUGGACACAUCAGUCCUUAUUCAGCAAUCUGGACGCACACAUUACAACAAAAGACUGUCCCAACAUUCAUCAACUGAUGAAGUGUUAAGAGACACUUCCAUUAAAUAGUUUUAAUCUUUGGAGAGAUGGUAAAUAGUUUUAGCUUUAAUUUUCCAAAGGCCUUCCACCAACAUUAAUUCAGUAUCUAAGCUACAGUAUAGUAUGUUGCUUGAUCUCUAACGUCGCUGUACUAAAUUGUGAUGGCGUUUCUCGUGAAUAGACUAUUCCUGUUUGCUUACAAUAUAAACUAGUAAUGUAUAGAAGAUACAAAGUCAUUUCUGCAUGCAUAUAAAUGGACUAGGGCUGGAAACAGCUGGUCGUAUGUAUCCUGUCCAAAGCAGGACAAUUACACACAAUCAUCAAACUAAAAUGUAGAGUUCAAUCAGUUACAUUGUAAAUGUUAUAUCUGAUCAAAAUGUACACAUUGUAAUAAAUCAAUUAAAAGACAUCAGUUAAGAUACA